AUGACCUUCACGGACUCCGAGCGGGCAGCAGCGGUAGGUCAUGACGGGUCGCACGACGAGCAUGAAGGCGUUACGGCUGCGGACCUGGCAGCCGAGCCUCGAUCGCGAGCGCACUCGCAGACAAGGGAGGCGGGUCCUCCUUCCUCUUUUGCGUUCUGGAAACGCAGGCCCGAUCCUCAAGGCGUUGAACGACCCGAUCGAGAGACGCGUCGACAGCGACGGAGGGAGAGGCUGGCUGCUGCCUUUGGGCGGCACGGCACCAGUAACCGGGACAGUGCGGCGCAGGAGUUACUUAGCGGGGAUGCGUUGGCGAAGCUGCUGGGUUCCACGGCUGGUGAUGAGGAUUGCUUGAGUCAUCUUGGCGGUGGGGAGCGGGAGGAUGAAGCGGGAUAUGGUGACGCGGGAGGAGAGCACAGGCAGCGGAAGAGGCCUGUUAUUGCUGCGCAGCCGGUCGCUCUGGCGCCGUUUCCUGUGGAUAUGCCGAGGGACCAGGCGCGGGGGAGGAUUGUGUCGGGGGCGCAGUUGGAGCAGGGGGAUGCGGCGGUUAGGCAUCGCGGUGGUGGUGGGGAGGCUACGGAGGCGAUGUUGCGGAAGGAGGAGAAUUGGGAGCGCAGUAGUGGGUCGGGCUCGUCUGGUCGCGGCAGUGUUGCUAACUUGCCUUUUUGGAAGAAGUGGAGGGGCACCUUCAUUUUCUUUGUCGUGUUGUUGGUUAUGGCUGCUAUUGCUAUACCGGUGGGCAUCAUUAUGGCGCGCAGAGCGGAUAGCGGUGGGGGUCCCGCUGAUGCGGACAAAGAUAAGCCCGCUAAUUCCAAUUUGGAUGGGAUUAGUCGGGAUAGUAUACCGGCGUACGCCCAAGGGACCUACCUCGAUCCGUUCACCUGGUAUGAUACUACUGAUUUUAACGUUACCUUCACGAAUGCGACCGUGGGAGGGCUGUCGAUCAUGGGUCUGAACUCGACCUGGGAUGAUACGGCCCGAGCCAACGAGCACGUUCCACCCUUGAAUGAGACCUUUCCAUAUGGUUCGCAGCCUAUUCGAGGGGUGAACCUCGGAGGCUGGCUCUCCAUCGAGCCAUUCAUUGUUCCCUCUCUCUUCAACUCCUAUACGACUGCCGACGGUAUCAUCGAUGAGUGGACCUUAAGCGAGCGUCUGGGCAGUGAUGCCAACUCGACCAUCGAGAAACACUACGCAACGUUCACCACAGAGCAAGACUUCAUCGACAUCCGAGACGCCGGGCUCGACCACGUGCGCCUCCAGUACUCGUACUGGGCAGUCCGCACCUACGACGGCGAUCCGUACGUGCCCAAAAUCGCGUGGAGGUACCUGCUCCGCGCGAUCGAGUAUUGUCGCAAGUACGGACUGCGCGUGAACCUCGAUCCGCACGGGAUCCCGGGGAGCCAGAAUGGCUGGAACCACAGCGGUCACCAAGGCAAGAUCGGGUGGCUGAACGGCACGGACGGGGCGCUGAACCGGCAACGGUCGCUCGACAUGCACAACCAGCUGUCGCAAUUCUUCGCACAGGACCGCUACAAGAACGUGGUUACGAUCUACGGGCUGGCGAACGAGCCGCUCAUGCUGUCCCUCCCCGUGGCGGAUGUGCUGAACUGGACUACGCAGGCGACCGAAUUGGUGCAGAAGAACGGCAUCAAGGCGUGGGUAACUGUGCAUGAUGGGUUUUUGAAUUUGAGCAAAUGGAACAAGAUGCUCAAGACACGGCCCGACCACAUGAUGCUGGAUACCCACCAGUACACCGUGUUCAAUACCGGCGAGAUCGUGCUCAACCACACCAGACGCGUCGAAUUGAUUUGCGAGAGCUGGUACAGCAUGAUCCAAGCGAUCAAUGUCACCAGUACCGGAUGGGGCCCUACCAUCUGCGGCGAAUGGUCACAAGCAGACACCGACUGCGCGCAAUACGUUAACAACGUCGGCAAUGGCAAUCGGUGGGAGGGCACGCUCGCCUCUACCGGCACCACCAUGUACUGCCCCACCGCCGACGAGGGAACCUGCUCCUGUACCCUGGCCAAUACUUCGCCUGUGGGCUACUCCGACGGCUACAAGACCUUUCUGCAGACGUACGCUGAGGCGCAGAUGUCCGCGUUCGAGACGGCCAUGGGCUGGUUCUAUUGGACCUGGGCGACCGAGUCCGCGGCGCAGUGGAGCUAUCGGACGGCUUGGAAGAAUGGGUACAUGCCGAAGAAGGCUUAUAGUCCGAGGUUCAAGUGCGGAGAUGCCAUUCCCAGCUUUGGUGACUUGCCGGAGUAUUAUUGA